AUUGGGUCUGCAACUUUACGUUGCAUUUCUCUUUCUUCGUCUUCGUCUUCGUCUUCGUGUUCCUUUCCUCCAUCAUUUUUUUUCUUUUUCUUCUCCCACCAUUUCUGCAGACCUCUCCUCCCAGAAGAUAAAAAAGACAACAAUAAAAGAGGCUCUCUUUCAUCUUGGUGGAGAUCUCUCAAUUAAAGAAGAGAAAAUAUUUCUUUCUCUCUGGAUCUCCAAAAAAAACGAGAGAUUUGGGUGGGGAAGGAAAGCAGGAGGAAGAGGCAAUGGCAGCUAGGUAUUGGUGUCAUAUGUGUACACAAAUGGUGAAUCCAAUCAUUGAUGCUGAGAUCAAAUGUCCCUUUUGCCAAAGCGGGUUUGUCGAGGAAAUGAGCGGUGAGAUUACUGGUGGCAGCAGCGGUGGUCUAAGGGAGGUUCAAGACCCUGAGAUCGAUUUUGGUACAGACCGUGCAUUGUCUCUAUGGGGUCCAAUCUUGCUUGGAAUGAUGAGCAAUCCUCGGAGACGUAGAAGGUUUAGGAGGACAGAGUUUGGUGUUGAUAAUGAUGAUGAUGAGGAGGUCAAUGGUGCUGCUGAUGAUGUUGUUGGUGGAAAUGACCGCAAUGUCCAUCAUCUUCAUCAUCAUCGUCGUCAUAGGCACAGGCAACAAGGUAGAGAGAUUGAUUUAGACAGAGAGUUUGAGUCUAUCCUUAGGAGGAGACGGAGAAGCUCAGCUACCAUACUGCAGUUGCUUCAGGGGAUUCGUGAAGGGAUUACUUCCGAGUAUGAGAGCUCGGACCGAGACCCGUUUAAUCAGUCAGCUGUUGUUCAGGGAUCGACGAGUUUGAAUCAAAACCGGAACAACACUUCUCUUUCUGCUAUUGGAGAUUACUUUGUUGGACCCAGUUUAGACCACUUGCUUGAACAUCUAGCUGAUAACGAUCCUAUCAGGCAUGGGACUCUUCCAGCUCGAAAAGAAGCCGUGGAGAAUCUCCCAACGGUCAAGAUAAGUGAGCCAUUGCAAUGCUCGGUUUGUUUGGAUGAUUUUGACAAAGGAAGUGAAGCUAAAGAGAUGCCGUGUAAGCACAAGUUUCACAUCCGGUGUAUAGUACCGUGGCUCGAGCUUCACAGUUCGUGUCCUGUCUGCCGUUAUGAACUCCCUCCUGAUGAUGAGACAAAGAUAGAUCCGGUAAGACCGAGAACAAGAACUCUAGAGAUCAACAUAAGUAAUGAGAAUAUGGAAGAUGAUGCAAGCAAUAAUAAUGUGAGCGAGAGAAGGUUCUCUUUUCCGUGGCCAUUCAGCGGAUUAUUCUCUUCCUCCUCUUCUUCAUCCGCAUCCGCCUCAGGGUCAUCUCAUCUUGGUGAGAACUCAUAAUCAGGGUGAAGGAAAACAUCAUCACUAUUCCUCAGUUUGUAGUACAUAAAAUCUUGUUCACUCAGAUUUUUGAAUAUAACAAAUAAACACUUUGGAUGAAUGGAAACUUCUCUUUAUUUGUUUUAUAUCAUCUUGCUUGACUUAA